ACACUGACUCACUUGUAUACCAGUUUAUAUAAAAGGAUCGAUGACUUCAAUCUAACAAUUCCAUAACCAAAGGCACUCAUCACUUUUCCACUCUCAAUCCAAAAACCAAAUGGAGAGGUUGAUAUGGCUCUUCCAUUUUCUCUUCCUUUUCUUCCAGUAUCAAUCUGCUUCUUCAUCUCCUCUCUCUUCAUCUCCUUCGUCGAAUCAUUCGUGUUCUCUCAAUGAGAGAUCUUCACUGCUGCAAUUUAAGCAAAUGUUUAACGUAAACAGUUCUGCUUCUUCCCGUUGUGAUGAACUUGGUUCUCCUUCAUACCCUAAGACAUUGUCUUGGAACGAGACUACUGAUUCCGAUUGUUGCUUGUGGGACAGGGUCACGUGCGAUGUGUCCACUGGUCACGUGACCGGGCUCGACCUCAGUUGUAGCCAACUCUAUGGCACCAUCCAUCCGAAUACCACUCUUUUCCAACUCGCACACCUCCGUCAACUCAAUCUCGCCUUCAAUCACUUCAACUUCUCCCCCUUUCCGCCCUCUUUUAGCCGCUUCACGAGCUUAUCCCAUCUCAACCAAUCCUAAUCCUUUUCCUUUCUCUCAGGCUCAAUCCCAUCGGAAAUUGCCCACCUAUCCAAACUCGUUUCACUCGAUCUCAGUUAUUCCUAUGCUGUUAGAUUUGAACCGCACAAUUUCAAAACCCUGCUCAUGAACCUGACCCAACUAGAAAACCUUAAGCUUACCGAAGUAAGCAUUUCUUCGGGUCUACUUGAUUCCUUGCUGAAUUUGUCUUCUUUGGGACUCUCGACCUUUUUGGAACCGGACUUAAUGGAAAACUACCGGAUUCAAUUGGCUAUCUUGGGUUUUUAAAUUACCUGGAUCUCACUUUCAACGAAUUCUCCGGUCCUCUUCCUGAGUCGCUUGGAAACCUCACGAGGAUUAUUGUAUUAUGUUUAUCGGAAAACAAUUUGAACGGUCAGGUCCCGUCUACUUUCUCAAAUCUUGAGCAACUCACCGAAUUCAACAUUGCUAGCAACAAUCUCAACGGUACAAUUCCCGAGUUCUUUUCUGAGCUUAUAAAAGUUGGAGUCCCUUGACUUGGGCUACAAUAAACUACAUGGACCCAUUCCGCAGUCAAUUGGCUAUCCUGGGUUUUUAAAGUACCUAGAUCUCUCUGGCAACAAACUCUCUGGGCCUCUUCCCGAGUCGCUUGGAAACCUCACAAGGAUUACUGUAUUAUGUUUAUCAGCAAACAAUUUGAACGGUCAGGUCCCGUCUACUCUUUCAAAUCUUGAGCAACUCACCGAUUUCAGGGUUGCAUACAACAAUCUCGACGGUACGAUUCCCGAGUUCUUUUCUAAGCUUAUAAAGUUGGAGUAUUUAAUUUAGAUCUCAGCUUAAAUAAUUUCAGCGGGCCAUUUCCACGUUGGGUGGCCAACCUAACACAACUUUUUAUUUUAGACAUUUCGGAUAAUCCACUUAUCGCGGGGCCUAUUCCUAAUUACAACAUAAGUGGAUUUCAAAACCUAGCUACAAUACUUCUUCUUAUCCAAUUGCUCCCUCAACGGAACAGUACCGUCGUGGUUGUUUACUAUUCCCUCAUUGCAACACUUAGACCUUAGUACUAAUCAAUUGACUCGACAAAUUCAUGAAUUCCGACAUGAUAUA